AAAAUAAAAUAAUAAGGCAUUUGUUUUUUUUAAAAAAAGAUUUUUAAUUGACUAUCAUUUUUGUUUUACUUGAAAAAAACGUUUUAAAAAUGCCCCUAUCAAUAGCCAGUGUUGGAUCAGGUGUUAGAGAUAUGAAUCCCAAAUAUCUAUUGCUACCAAUGGUAGCCCUGUUUUCGUUGCAUCUGAUCGGUGUACUAUAUCUGGGAAUACCGUUAUUGAACAGAGAUCUGGAGGCACCUCUGGCCGGUAUGACUACCACUUCAACUACGGUAACGGACAGUCCGAUUUCAAUACUAGCCGACAACAGUUCAGUGGACAGUAGUCACAAACAAUCGGCAAACUCAACAUCGACACCGACACCAUUGCCUCCUAAGCCAACUAUUGAUGAAAAAGGCUACUAUUGUCUGUUCAAAAGCCGAUGGCUUAUAGCCUCCUAUCUUAUUGUUUGGUUGGUAUCCCUAUUGAUUGAGACACUGGUUAUCGGUUUUUCGUUGAGCGGUGUCGACAGUGUCGACCUGUUUCUCAAGUUUCUCUUGAAGAUCAAACUGGGACUGUUGGCAAUCGAGCUACUGGUGCUACUGAUCAACACAAUAAUGAUCGGACUGGAAAUGGGUUACAUUGCCUCACUGGACAACCGUUGUCCGACUGUCCUCAUCGGCAAAGCUAUAGCCGAUGUGACCAUCUUUUCCUGGAUGUCCUACAGUAUAAUAGUCGUACUGAUGGGCUGUCAUCUGAUGCAACAAUGGUAUAACCAACGAAUCGAUGCAUCACUGGGCGAUAUACCGACGGCUGUCAACUAUGGUGGCGGUGAUGGGGGCGGUGGUGGACACCGUGUGUCGGCUUCCGAAAAGUAUGUCCUGUAUAAGCCUCGCAACUAUAACCUUACCGGUUAUAAUACACCCCCGGCAACGCCCACCAGUUUGUAUACAAGUCAGGCUACGCUUACUGAGCGCAUGUAGAUUAUGUUGAUUUUAAUAGUAUUUUUGACAACCCUCCCCACCCCACCCUUGGAGGUGAUGAUGAUGAUUAAGGGGGGGAGUAUUUGAAUAAAAUAUAUUUGAAAUUUUUGUUAAUUGAUAUUUAAAAAUUAUUAUAUUGUAAAAAUUGUAUGAUUUCCCCGCAACUCACCCCCUAUCUACCCCCCUACACACACCCACUA